CAGCGCACGCGUCUCCACUCGGACUGGUUAAGCGCCUCCUCUCCUCCAAAGGCAUUUCCUGCCGUCCGCGCUCCAGAAUACACAGCUGCAAGCCAGCGGUUAUGGCAUGCUAUGGACCGCUAUUUAUCUCUCCAUCGUUUUCCAUCUCUUGAGGAUGCAGGUGUGCGCGGUUAACUUCCAAGUGUAUCGCGUUUGGAAAGCGGCGUUUUGAGCGGCCUUAUUUCCACAUCUCGAGACGGCAUAAGGCGCGAGCGUUAGGCUACUUUGUUUCGGGACGAACGGGAGCGUCGCACAGUCCCAUUCCAUUUAAAACGUGAUUGACGGUUCCUGAGGUGUGAUCUGAACCCCCGUCAAACCCAAACAGAGCCGUUCUAGAUCUGACAUGAAGUCGUUCGGAUACGUGUAGGUCUCCUGCCACGUUUCGCUCUUCGAGGGCUGCUGAAGUUGCGUCUGCAACAGAGGUGGACAGACUGGCCGGCACAAUGAAGGAGGAGAACUUGUUCCGCAGACGGUUCUCUCUCUGUCCCACAGCCACCUCGCCUCCCAAGAUCGACCCACGCUUGCUGACCCGCAACCUGUCCUAUGGAGGAGACAAUGAACUGUACCCACUCAGCCCAGGGAAUGAAUCGGAGAGGAACGGUUUGCCCUUACUGAGGGACGAGGUCAGCCCGGUCCGCUCACCCAGUAGCACGUCCGAAUCCAGGAUAUUUAUCGGUUUGGAGAAGGAGUCUUCCUUGCCCACGGAGAAGCUGGCAAGGAAAGAAUCGCUUAAGGUUCAGAAGAAGAACUAUCGACAGGAGAAGAAGAGGGUCGCCAAAGAACUGUCCAGUGCACUUAAGGAUCCAAGUGUGGUUAUUAUGUCCAACUGGCUAAAGAUUCGAGGCUCAUUGAAGAGUUGGACGAAAUUGUGGUGCAUCCUUAAGCCCGGCAUUCUCCUGAUAUACAAGACGCCCGGCUCAGAUCACUGGGUGGGAACGAUUCUUCUCAACGCCUGCAAGCUCAUCGAAAGACCCUCAAAGAAGGACGGAUUCUGCUUCAAACUCUACCAUCCACUGGACAAGUCCAUAUGGGCCAUGAAGGGUCCUGAAGGAGAAUCUGUGGGCUCCAUCACUCAACCCUUGCCUAGUAAUUACCUGAUCUUCAGAGCGGCGUCCGAAUCUGAUGGACGCUGUUGGAUGGACGCUCUGGAGCUGGCUCUCAGCUGCUCCAGCCUGUCGAAGAUGAGCGCGAAGAGCGGCAGGGAUGGAGAUCUUAGCGGCUCCCCCGAGUCCUCACACAUACUGCAGCUGCUGCAGAGCUCGGCUCUCACCGACCAGGACCUGCUGCAUUUGAAUAACUCCAUGUUGGAAAACCAUAUGGAGAAUGACGCCAACUCAGACAAAUCAGAGAGGGAGGCACAUGAAGACUCGGACAAUGCGGCAAAUGAGAAUGGAGGCAGACUGACGGAGGAGAGCGAUAUGGACCAAUCAGAUGACAUGUGCCCGCAGGCCACGGUGUUUGUUGAAGAAGCCCAUGAAGAAAUGGGAGAGGCUGGCGAGGCAUCACAGGUGGAGACAGUCUCUGAGGAGAACAAGGGUUUGAUCUGGACUCUCCUGAAGCAGCUGAGGCCAGGAAUGGACUUGUCUAAAGUGGUUUUGCCGACGUUUAUCCUGGAGCCACGUUCAUUUCUGGACAAGCUGUCGGAUUACUACUAUCAUGCUGACCUGCUGUCCCAGGCUGUGAUGGAGGAGAGCCCGUACAGCAGGAUGAAGCAGGUCUUGCGCUGGUAUCUUUCAGGCUUCUACAAGAAACCAAAGGGGCUAAAGAAACCAUACAACCCUAUUCUAGGAGAGAUGUUUCGAUGCUGCUGGCUGCAUCCAGAAACAGACAGCUGUACAUUCUACAUCGCAGAACAGGUUUCUCAUCACCCUCCAGUUUCAGCUUUCUACAUCAGCAAUAGGAAGGACGGAUUCUGCAUUACUGGAAGCAUUCUGGCCAAAUCCAAGUUUUAUGGGAACUCGUUGUCUGCUAUACUCGAUGGGAAGGCCAGACUCUUGUUUCUCACCCGAGAUGAAGAGUAUAUCAUCACAAUGCCGUACGCUCACUGUAAAGGGAUUCUGUAUGGUACAAUGACAUUAGAACUUGGCGGGAAAAUCACCAUUGAGUGUGAAAAAACACAAUGUUACACUGAACUUGAAUACAAAUUGAAGCCUUUUCUUGGUGGCUCUUGCAACGUUAACCAGAUUUCUGGAAAGAUCCGUAUGGGGGAAGACGUCCUGGCUACAGUAGAUGGGCACUGGGACAGUAAAGUGCACCUGACCGAGAAGAGGACGGGCCAGCAGGAGGUGCUGUGGAACCCCAGUCCUGACAUACGCAGACAGCGGCUGAAGAGACAGGUGGUGCAGGUGGACCAGCAGGAGGCGUUCGAGUCUGAGAGGCUGUGGCAGCAUGUGACCAGAGCGAUUAACGAUAAAGACCAGAUGAGAGCCACGCAGGAGAAGUUUGUGCUGGAAGAGGCUCAGCGGCAGGAGGCCCGAGAGCGAGCCGAGCGGCCCUGGAACCCACGACUCUUCACCUUCAACACCGACACCAAUGAGUGGCACUACAAAUACACCGACACUAAGCCGUGGGAUCCGCAGCGCUGUCUGCUGCAGUUUGAGAAAGGCGGCGUCAUCCAGACAAAAGAGAAAACCCGGCGCAGAAGCUUCUCCUACAGCCAGAACUGGGCUGCACAGCAGAAGGUGCGGGUGAACGGCAAACACAGGAAGUCGAGCAGCCAGCCGUCCAGCUGCAGUCAGAACACCGAGAGCAGCAGCAGCACACCAGAACCAAACCACGAGUCAUCCGACAACGAAGGUUUUAUGAAGCAGUGUGCAAGAUGCACUAAAGAAGUGAAAGACAUCGUCCUCAUAGAGGCCUCGGUAGCAGCUAUACAGAAAACACAGCAGGACAUCCAGAGAAACCUGAGUGCACUGGGACGGCAGAUUGCGCGGCAUAAGACCGCAGAGGAGAGCAAGUCCUUGAGCGGCCGCCACUGUCUCAUCCUCUGCAUGCUGUUGCUCUUCCAGCUACUCAUCAACUACGUCUUCACUUGAGAUGCUGUCCCCUAGAGACCAUCGCCUAGCAAUAAACACAGCCAAACUAUCACCGUCACACAGCCCCUUGAAUGCACCGUAAUGUUGCUACCAUCCGUAGCCACACCAUCAAGCACUAAGCACUUCAAUUAGAGAGAAAGAGACUCUUGUUUUAAUGAAUAUGACCGAUAAUCAUUUUAGAGUGGAUGUAAAACACUGUACUGCCACUCUCAGUAACUGACGUGUUCCCUCUUUCCUACAUAAUUCCCUUUCUCUGCAAUAUAGGUCAUGUAUUUGUGGCAUAUUUGAACGCAGUUGAAUGGGUUUGUGUGUCUUUGUGUGCAUUUCCCACAAACUCCUCUUCCAUUUAUACACCGGCCUUAAAACUGAUGCCAAAAAGGGGGAAAAAAGAAGCGAAAAGGCAGUGAAGUCCACCAGUGCAGUUGUAUUAUGCUUACAAGUGAACGUCUGACCACACAUAUUUGCUCAUUUUAUUAUUUAACCAAAACAGUGUUUCUGUAUAGAACAAUACAAAGAAGAGUAAAUGUUUACAAACUUGAUUGUACACAAAGGAAACAAUGCUCGGACACCAAAUGCGUUGUGUAAAUGUAGAUGAAGUUAACAGAAUUGGCGAAAGCACUACGAUAACAGAAUGAACAAUCAGCCAUAAGACUAUGGCAACCCAAUUUAACAUUUAAUCCUUAAAACAUACUAGUAUCCAGUUUCAUACUACUAGUAUUUUUUUUUUUUUUUUUGCUACUAGUAUGUAUUCCAUUAAAUUCUAGUUCUUAUUUGUCAGCUAAUAGUAAUUAUUCAUUACAUUUUCUUAGUUGAUAUUAAUAAGCUACUAGCUCUUAUUCAUUAACUUGGCCUCCUAGUGAUUGCUCUUUAGCUACUAGUUCUUAUUCAUUAGCCUACUAGUAACUAUUCAUUAGCUAAUAGUGAUUUUUCAUUAGAUACUAGUGUUUGUUCAUUAGCUACUAGUGCCUAUCCAUUAGAUACAAGUUCUUAUUCAUUAGAUACUAGUACUUACUUCAGUAGUAACUAGUAUCUAUUGUUACUAGUAACACAUUUAACAUUUUUGCUGUUGACUUCUAUUGGAAUUUUUCACUUGCAUAUUAACUAUUUAGUUCUAACUAGUAUGUAUUACAACGAGUAGUGUAUUUUUAAAUAUUUCUAGUAAGUAUUCAUUAGAUACUAGUACAUAUUUAUUAAAUACUAGUAUUUUUCAUUAGAAACAUGAACAUAAAUAGAUACCGGUAUCUAAUAAAAAGUAUCCAUGUUUGUAGUAAUUUAUAAAAAAAACUUACUAGUAACAUUUGGUAUAAGUAGUAGAAUAUAAUAAAUGUGUACUAGUAUGUGUUUUAUAAAUACUAGUAUCUAACAUAUAAGUACUGGCAUCUGUUUAAUAGGCUCAAGUGUCUAAUGAAUAAGUAAUAGUAUACUGGAAUAAUAGGUACUACUGUCUAAAAAAAAUAGUUAACUACUAGUACUAGUACUAGAAAAGUACUAGAAACAAUUUUUACCUUGCAAGUCACAACUUCUUUUCACUCUAGUCAUGGCCACUGUAGAGUUAAAUAAAAAAAAAUGAGAACGAGAAUUUAGAAUGAGUACUAGCAUCUAAUAAAUGUGUACUAUUAUCUUUUGAAUAAUAACUAGUAGUUAAUCAGUAAAUUAUAGUAUGUAUUAAGUUGUAUCUAAUGAAAAGUGCUAGUAUCUAUGUAAUAGGUGCUAGUAGUAUGCUAAUAAAUACUAGUAAUGCUGUAAGGAUUAAAUGUUAAAACGGCUUGCCAUAAUAAUAAUAUUGAUAUUCAUGAGUGUUUGUUGAGGAUUGGGUAGGUCAGUCACAAUAGUGACACUUGAGGCCUUCUGGGAAGUUCAAGUUCAUUGAAGUUGCUUGGAUCAAGUGCGUUAUGUUCAAUAACGAAUGUGUGACUGAUUAAUCGAAAGUGUAUAUACAUGUAUUUGUUUGGAACAAUUGAAUUUGGGUGUAUUUAUUUGAUCAUUUCACAUGAUUUGUUUUAUAUGUAAUCGUACUGUUUUUAAGAACACAUUCAUUCAGGUUUUCUGGGAGCAAGUACAGUUGAGCAUCAGAUUGCUUUCUCUUUCUGACAUUUUUUGUUGUGUAGUUUCGAGUGACUCCUUGAGGGGAAAUAUUAUGGUCAAAGUACAAAACUUCCAAUGCAGGAUUCAAAUAGGAAAGCUGUGCUUGAAUGAUGCUUUUGCUCCGGAGCCAUAGUUCAACCCAUUGGAAUUUAAAAUUAUUUUUCAUUUCCUUUUUUCUUUUUUACAGAGCACAGUAUGUUAUCUUGUCUGUCAACUGAAUUGAAUGAGAUGUCAACGGCUCACUGUUUAUUAAUGAUUGUUGCAACUACAGCACCACAGUAAAGUUUUACAUUUCAACA